GUGAUCAUACACGGAUUUACGUGUACUUUUUACUUGUGUGGGCUCAGUCGCAACUUCUAGAAAUUUUCUUGGACAAGAAUCAGUUAUAUUUAAAUAAUCCCUGUCAGGCCAAUCAAGCGCUCAUCCAUCUUGGAUCGUCAUAGGAAAGCUUUGAUUGGCUUGCGAGAGAGUUGUUAUCUUGGCCGAGGACGAUUUGAAUCAGUCAGUCUGCACUGUACUCUGCUUACACGACGGUUUACAUAUACUCGUUUCUGUAUCUAAGUUGUGCGAGUGAUAUUACAGACAGCGGAUACGACCAUAUCUUUAACGGCAAAUAAUUAUUUCGAUAUCGAUAAAAUAUCGUGAACAUAUAUACGCGAUUCUGAAGCCUCUGGUAUGUUCAAAAAGUCGGACACGUACAUCUAGCAUUUCUUCUCUUUUACGAAGAAGCACAGGGGGGAAAAAAAAACAAGAGCUUGUUUUUUCCAAACUAUUUUGCUGCGAGGGACAAGGAGGCGAGUCUACCUGGAAUCGUUUCGCCGAUCUCAAGGACAAGGGAAAAAAAAGAGAGAAAAAGAUAGAUUCCGAUAUACUUAGGGAUACACCUAGGGAUCUCUCACUGAAGGCUUUUUUUGAGGAGCGGACUUUCAAGAGACAGAAUCUUUUGUUGAAGAAUCUCAUUUUCUAAUGACUCACGAGACAACGUAUUUGUGACGGGAUUUCAUUUCGGGAAUUUAGUGAUCCUCGUUUGCCCUUCACCUGUUUGUUUACAUUCAUCGCCGAGACGGUUGCGCGAGGAAACGCACAGCCCAACAGUUAGAUAGAGGCAGAGCGGCCGAAACGGAUAGGAAAGGCUUUCUUCGCGCUUAUUACGAGGCAGGAGACAAACGAUAUAUCACGAUGAGACUCGCCGUUGAUCGGUUUAUCGGCUCGAAUUGGUACCGCCGACCGCGAAGACGACCGCUGGUCGGCCCGACCGGGUCUCCAUUCUUGGACGUACUGAUUAUGCAAACCAGGUCCUGCCGUUGGUUCCGGAAAAACAAAUCUAUCAAUCCUCUAAAGCGAGUGACCUUACGAGAUGAAGCCAUUAUAUCGAUGUCGCUGGCCGGUGAGGUGACUGACGCUUCGAUCAUGGAAGUAGGCCGUUCUAGACCACAGUUUCAAUAUUCUCGGGAGGAUUUAAUGCUGAUAAAGAAUUUGCGAUUAUCUAGACGUAGGCCUACAUUUCUAGAUAACGCUUAUAAUAACUCACGGGGCGUUUGGGAUCCCGAACGCUGGCAUUCGGAUAGAAAGCGUAGCGAUACACCCCCGAAGGAAGAAAGGACUGGACGUGGUGAUCAAAUCACUGAGAAUCAUAGUAAGCGACGUAAUAACGGCGAUCCACGAGACCGAAUACGUAAAGAGCAAGACGGCAUCGUUUUGAGCCCUCAACGAAGAAGUUUUAAUUCGGGAUGUUUCGUUAACGUGAAUCAGCCACCAAACCGGCGUCCGGAGAGUCCGAUUGGCAAAACAGAGGUCAGCCAUCGUGAGCCUGUUCGUCGAAUCGGUAGCGGCAGGAUUUUGACGCGGGAUAUAUGGGACUUUAGAUCGGAGAACGAAAAGAUCGAGUCUGAGCGUGCGGAUUAUGGCUUUAGAUCCGGCACGGCUGCUGGUGGCUCUCUGCGUGAUCGUGAUAAUAGAGAUAGUCGUGACGGGAAGGAGCGGGACAGGGAUCGCGAUAUGAGGGAGCGCGAUCGCGACAGUCUGCGCGAGCGGGACGAGAGGUUCGAGCGGAGAUCAUUCGGCCGGGAUUACGGGGAUCGCGGCGAGAGGGAGCGCGAUCGUGGCGACAGGGGAGGGAUGGAGCGGAACAAUCACCAGGUGGAUCGCGAUAAGGAUCGCGGACGCGAGAAGAGAUUCGGCAACGAUCGUCGACGGACUUACAGUGACAAUCGCGACGCGGACGAGCCGGAAUGGUUCAGCUCGGGACCUACGUCGCAACACGACACGAUCGAGCUCAGAGGCUUCGAGGAUAUUCCGGAGGAGAAGGUGGUGAGCGGCGGUAAUGCCAAAAGUAAGAAGCAAACGCCCGCGCAAAAGAAGCGGGGCAAGAGGAACGCCACGGAGAAGGAUGACAAACCGAGCGAGAACUCGGCGGGCCCUAAAGGACGCAGCACUCCGACCGUCAUGGAUCAGCCUAUGAACGCUGUGCCGGCGCCGCACUCUCCGAUCUCCGAACAGACUGAGCAGUCUAUCGCUCAGAACAAGGAGAACGACGUCAGUGAGAGCACUGUCAUCGAGCCGACGUCCGAAUCGGGAGGAGAGAACUCCAGCGCGAAUCAGAAUCAAGAGAACUCUCAUCCCGAUUUUAAUCUGGAUGAGUUCCUGAAAUCUGAUACGUUCGCUGGCGUCUCUGGGCUGUUAACGAAUGGAGUUGGAUCGAAUAGUGGUACCGGUUCGCGAUUCAGCCAAUGGUUCAAAAGAGAAAGUCCAGUUCAGGCAGAUAGUCGUAGAGCUUCCAUACAAGAUGAGUUGCUGAACAAUCUGUUGAACGACAUUACCGAGCCAAAUAUUCAAAUACCAUCGGUGACGGAAUCGAACACGUACUUCGUUCCAAUUUCUCCGGCCAACACGACCAAUGCUAACACAACCACAAAUGGCGUUAAGUUGCUCGAAAUGUUACAUCGUGGUAAUAAGCCGAAUCAAAACGGUCAGGGUGACGCGAGUAAUGCGACUAUACCUAUGAUGAAGAAUUGUUCUAUUAAAGAUUUAGAAGUUGGUGGCAAAGUUGUGCACAGUUUGGAAGAAUUGGAAGCACGUAUGCGGGGUGGUGCUCCUCCACCUGCGACUUCGACUGAUGCACCCCGUGUAAAUAAGACUGAAGAAGAUCUCUCUGCUUUUAAGAAACUGCUUGCUCAAGUGACUGGAGGACAAGCUGUGCCUGCAGCUAACGGACCUAUCGCCCAAAAACAACCUUUAACGUUAAUGCAACUACUUAAUUCGCAAUUGAAAACCCAACAACCGCCGAUGCCACAUCAGCAGCCGCCGCCCUCAGAACCCAUUCAUACUACGACAUUUAAUCACGUUGGUCCUCUUGGUCCUACACAACAUCCGCAUCAGGCUCAGAUGCAACAUGAGAAUCUAAUGAAAGUCUUGCAAAUACAGCAACAACAACAACAGCAGCAGCAACAACAACAGCAGCAGCAGAAGCAGCAGCAGCAACAGCAGCAGCAACAACAACGACAUUCCGAUAUGCUGUCGAUGAUGAUGGGCAAUCAGCGGAUGUUAGGUGUCAGUCCAGUGCCAACGGAGAUGCAAAUGAUGAUAAAUAACGUCCCGUCGAGCCAAGAGCUCUUGCAACGACCGGAAGCCCAAGCAAUCAUUCAAGGUUUACAGCAAGGGGAGAUCACUAGGCAACAUCUAAUACAGCAGUUGCAGAACCCUGCAAUGCAGCAUCGUCAUCGAGAAGUGUUGGUGAACAUUUUGAAAAUGUACGGUGGCACCACACCUCGCACUAUAAGUCCGCAUCCUCAUCCCGCUGCUCCUAUCCCUCAAGAUCACAUCCUGCAACAGAUGCUAUAUCAGCAACAACAGCAAAGAAUUCCGUCUCCUAUGAAUAACGUGAUACCGCAUAGAGUACCGUCGCCAAGGGAGAUUGUUAUGCAUACUCAGUCUAUAAUGCAAAGUGCUUUAAUCAAGAAGAAAUUGGAGGAGCAGCGUGAGAAUUUCCGUAAGCGACAGGAUCAGCAACAGCAGCAGCAACAACAGCAGCAGCAGCAACAACAGCAAGUUCAGCAGCAGCGCGCGUCGAGCCCUGUUAAUUCACCAGCUAAGCAAACAUCGAGUCCGCUUGCUUUCACUCCAACCUCCGUUUUACGUAAAAUGACUGCUGAUAAGGAACCUGACGGAAGCAGCAAUGAACCACCCAAAUUGUCUACACAAACUCCGGCUUCUCAAAUGCAACAAAUGCAAUCGGCUGCGGUUCAGUUACUUGCACAGGGAGCUCUCUCGAGACACACUGCAUUGCGAUCGCAACCUGUUCAAUCAACAUGGUCGAAUCCAUCGCUUAAACAACAUCCAGGUCGACCUAUAGUGAAAGGCGGUAAUAAUAGCAACACGAACAGCAAUCAGUUCCAAUAUAAUACGGGAAAUGCGGAAUUUCAACAACAGCAGCAGCAGCAGCAGCAGCACAGAACGAUGCCGAAUGUUUACGGCAAUCCAGCACGAUCCAAGCACACGAUGGCUACUUCGUUACCGCCGCAUCAUAAUGUUCCACAAUACAAUGUAGCGCAGAACUCGAUUAUGAAUCAGAGAUCGAAUCCUAUGAACGCCCAGAUGAAGACGCAGCAAGUCCCAACGCAUCUCGCUAACAUGCAACAACAACCGCCACCGCACGGAGCCGUUAACAUGCAACAACAACCACCACCGCAGAGGGGUGUAAAUACGCCGAUGCAACUUGUCAUGAGCCAAAACUACAAUUCUAAUCGUACAGAUGGACAGACAAUGCGAUCGCAGCAGCUGAACAUGGCAGUCGGCCGCCAACCUUCGCCGGGCCUCGGAUUUGUGGGCAGUAACGGAGGUGAUCUUUCGCCAACGUCUAAUCAACUCGCGCGAUGGUUCAGCCCAGAACUCCUCGCCCAAGCUCGGGCCGGUAAGCUUCCCGAGCUUGCACAACAAACUAACGUCCUGUCGUUGGAGGAGCUCGAGAGACUUCAACACGCGUCAACCAUAGUGCAUAACUAAAGUGACACCGUACUCGAAUUACGUUUCAAUUUUGCAAGCACGAAAUUGCAUUGGUAACGCUACUACUCGGUCGGAGAAUCGGUAUUCUUCGGUACAUCCCCCCCUUUACGUCCGAAGCACCUGUGUAACAUCCCCUACACGAAUGCUGGGUAUACACGCUGCUAAAUUACAAAAUGGUGCUCGCCUACGUAGAUCUUUUUAUCGAGUCUUCGUAUCAAGACAAAGAGGUUUAUCGAAGUAACGCCAUGUAUUUUGAUUAGGACUAGAGUUGAUUGAUUGAUCGGUUGGAUGAUAUUUUCUCUUUCGAAAGAUCUUCUUUUGUCGUCGAAAAGGAUUUCCGAUAUCGUUUUUGUGAAAGCCAUUUUUCCAAGUUUCGCGGAAUGUUAUUUAGAAACUACAAAUGUACAGAAUAGUCUAUGAUAUUAAGGAUGAAGCGCGUUAGAGCGAAGAAGUGGACAGCUUUCUACUAAAACGACGUAUUGUUUAUAAGACUGAAAAAAAAGUGAAAAUUCUUAUUGUUGAUUAUAUGACGAGCUGUUAGAGCUUCAUAUGCGUACUUUCUAAAUGACAACACACGAUAAGAUCUAUUUGCCUAAGAUAGGACUGCAAGUUUCUUAUGUAUUUCCUCAUUACGAAGCAAGAAUCUGAAGAUAGAUCUGGCGACUUGAGCAGUUGAUUUCAAAACGUUUUUAUUUCAGAGCGCAUUUGUGCUAAGCUCUCAUUUUCUCAUUGAUUAAGAGAUACCGCGAGGGAUAUACAGUGAGACUGUAUUUUGCGAUGAUAAGUACUGAAAGCACCGUUGCGUUCCUUAAAUUCGGAACGAAGUAAAACGAUGUUUUUAUUGCUGUCAAGCAAGUCGAGCAAGAGAAUAUAGUCUAUAUACUAUAUAUAUGUAUUUAACGUAAAAACUUAACGUUGUCGCCAGCGGAGAAUAAGAACUAGAUAGUCGAUACGUUUAAAUAUAGUAUUAUUUAUAGAAAUAACGUCACGCUUGCUUAUUUACAAUGGGACUUGCAAAAACCCCCUUAGGCAAAUAAUACGCGGACUCCUCGAACUUGUGAAUUGCAAGCUAGCACCUGAUUACAAUUACUUACACAGAGUGGUGGUGUCAUAUUUAAUAUUCUAUUCGUAUUACUGCAAACAAUGGCGACCUUAUUAACACGAAAAGCGUACGAAAUAAAAUGAUGAGUAUGUGACAUCAAGUCAUGCAUAUAUUAUAAAAAUAAAAUACAUAAUAUAUACUUCUCGUGUGUAGAAGAGCGCGUGAGAGUGCUGAGAUGUCAUUAUUCUGAUCGAACGUGAUAUAUAGAUCGAACUGUUUCUUAAUAAAGAAGCUCGGAAGAUACAUAGAA